GGCCAAUAGUUGCGCUUGCGCAGACAGACACAGCAGAUCGACGCCUGCGCAGGUCUCGGGACACCGGCAGCCAGCGAUGGGGAAGAAACAGCCACGUGGUACAGUGACGUCAGCGAUUGAUGCACUGGAGGAACGUCUGGCUGUAUGCAAAGAGAACUUGGAGACAAUAGACUGGCAGCUGCACAGGGAGGAGCUGUCCAUGGAGAGCAGACAGUCCCUGCAAGAUGAGAAGACCAUGUUGAAGGAGAGAGUCUCCAGAUAUGAACAUGAGCUGUGGUCUCUGAGGAAGGAAAAUGGGAGGAACAUGGUGCUGUCCCUAGCUCUGCUCAGCCUCUUCUUGCUGCUCUACCUCUGCUGGGGACUGUAGCCAUUUACUAUAAUAGCCUCACAGACCAGCAUUCCCAUCAGUCAAAGUGAUUCGCAGGAAAUGAACCUGCUAAUGUAGUGACUGUAUAUUUGUAAGCAAAUUUGCACCAAAAAGAUCCCACACGCAAAUAUGAAGUGAAUGACCAAUUUGUCUAGAGUGCUGUUGGAAUCUUAAUCUGAACAAGCACAGAUGGGACUUGGAUUUUACAUCUAAUUUGAAGGAUGACAUCUCACCUGAAGGACAACACCCUUUACAAUGCAGUACACACCCAGACUUGCACUGGAUCAUCAGGAAGACUGCGAGUUCAAAGUCUCAAUAUGGGAUUUGAGCCCAAUGCCAUCCAGAUUUGGGCCAACAGGAGAUCUGGCGACAUGGAUCACUGUUGAGAAAAUCAAAUAUCAUAUGUUGGCAAUCACUGCAUGCAAAUUCAAACCCUCAAUAAAAAGACAUUCAGCAGAAAAUUCUGUUUUUUUUUGAAGGACAUCAGCAAAUAUGUAAAUAAAAUCAACUGAAUUUAAAUAACUAA